AUGGGCCACUCAAUGAGACCCAGAGCGAGGACCUGUAGGAAAUGGGCGCCGGAUCCUCAACGCUUUCCAAAGCGCCAUCGCCCUUGCUGGGUACCAUGCCAAGAUAGGGGAGCAACUUCAUCUGACUGUAAAGAAUUCCCGUCGCGCAGGAGAGGUGUCUGA